AUGGCACAGCCAGCGUCUGACAGGGAGGAGGAGGAAGAGAAACUUGUUAUGUACGGCCUAUCCACAAUGCGGCAUCUGUUUUUUGCUCUGACUUCUCUUCGCUUGCUGUUCCUGGUUGCAUUAACCCUUAUAAUAGUAGUUUGUGUAGAUCAGUGGAAGAACAAAAUCUGGCCUGAAAUUGGAGUGGCAAGACCUGACGAAUUAGACAAUGAGAGCUGGGGAUACGUUCACCCUCGGCUGCUCGGAGUGCCAGAACUCUGUCACCAUUUGGCUGAAGGAUGGGUGGCUGGGACCAGCUUCUUAAGUAACCUCUUCAUUUUCAAGAGGCAAAACCCUGGAAAGUUUUGCCUUCUAGUGUGUGGAGUCUUUACUUUCCUGGCUGUCCUGGGCCGGUAUAUCCCUGGACUCUUGCUCUCAUACUUGCUGUUGCUCUUCAUCCUGCUGUGGCCCCUGGCUGUGUACCACAGACUGGGGCAGCGCAUGUACAUGAAGCUGGAGCCAGCUCUGCAGCGGCUGGAUUUCAGCGUUCGAGGCUACAUGAUAUCAAAGCAGCGGGAGAAGCAACUGCGUCGCCGAUCCCUUAAUCAGGAGGCUGUGGAUGAUGGGAGUGACAGCGAAGAGGAGCUUGCCGCGUUCUGUCCCAAGCUGGAUGACUCUGUGGUCGCCAAGGAACUAACCAUCUCCGACUCGGAGCAUUCGGAUGCUGAGGUUUCCUACACUGAAAAUGGGAUGUUUAACCUUUCGAGGGGCCAGACUCCCCUGACAGAGGGCUCAGAAGACCUGGAUGGUCACAGUGACCCAGAAGAGUCUUUUGCCAGGGAUCUCCCCGACUUCCCUUCCAUUAACCCAGAAGCAACUGGCAUAGAUGACGAAGAUGACACCAGCAUUGGGAUCCCAAGUCUGGCCUACCGCCCACAAGUGACAGAAGAUCUGCAUCUCCCUUAUGACCAGGAAGAAUCCGGCGCACUGCCAUCUGUACAGAAUCUUACUAACAACAUAGCCGGAUUUGUCACCAGAGGAAUGAUACAGCUUGCGCUGUCAGGAGCCCCUCAGCCAGGCUCCUCACGCAGCGACAAUCCCCAGAGAGGUGCAAAGACUUAUCUUAGAACGGCCAGCUCGGACUUGGACACUGAUGCGGAAGGGGAUGACUUUGAACUGCUGGAUCAGUCCGAGCUGAACCAGCUGGACCCUGCUGGCUCACGGGGCCAGUAAGCAAUCCUGUCACUUCCCGCUGGUUUUCAAUUGCACAUCAUGGAGGGGAAUCCUGGAAGGAAAGGCCUUGCACAGUUAUCUAGAUCGUCUCCUGUGUGAGUAUGAGUGACGUGGCAGCCAGUCCUGGCUGGGAACACCACUGUGACUUGUGACUCUGUAGCCUCGCUUGGAUUUUAAAAUAAACUACACUGGUAAUUCA